AUGACAGAUCCAACGAGUGUCCUUACCGCCGGCAAGAAAAUCAUCGAUUAUGCCUUCAGGCUGAUCGCGGUCUCGGCCGAGUCUCGUGAAGCGCAGAAAUACCUCGAGCAGUUCGAACGCGAGCUGGACGACCUGUGCAUCCUUGCACGGUCGACGUGGCCGCAAUUGGAUGCACGCCGCAAGUCGAGAGUCCAGAGGGUGAUGGUCGAAGCAAGAGAGGCUAUCUUAGCAGUCGCCGAACCCAACCAGCAGAGCCUAGACGACGUGGAAAGAUUUGGGACAGUGACUAUAUACCGGCGGAUCUUGUGGACCUUGAGAGACAAUGAUUCCAUCAAGCUCUACAUGCCCAGGGUGUACAUGAGCCAUGCAGAGGUUUCACGAGAGAUCGGGAUCCUCGAAUCUGUUGCGAGCGGCCACCAGGCCAGCUCGACAGCCACAGCUCACAGCGAUGACGACGACAACACACAUAUUGAUGAAGAAACCAUCCAGAAUCAUGACAUCUCGUUCGAUGGGCCGCGCGACGAGCCCACAUCAAACACCAUGCCCUGGCUGGGGGAGUUGUUCGCUCGCAACAACCAUACGCACAACAAGAACGUAAACACUACCCCCGAAGCUCCCAGAGGCGGUCCCCAAGGAGGUCUAUCCUGGUUAGGGGAAGAGUUCAACCGCAGAAGGUCGGAAGACAUGCGCAGAAGGAGCCGGUCGAGAGAUCCUUCCGCUGUGCCCACACCGACACAGUGA